CCUCAGCCCGCGUUCAUUUCCGGGUCUACCUCGCAAUCAGUAUGGCAAAUCUUCAAAUGAACCUAGACUCAUCGAGUCUUCCUACCGCCCACCUUGAGUCUCUUAAAUUCAAGGCGAGUCAGAUCGUCGAAUCAAUACAGGCACUUCAAAGGACCAUUGAGUCUGGCUAUCAGAACACCAUGCCUCCGUGGCCAGACAUUCUUUCCAAAUACAAUAUCCUGCUCUCGCAAACCCACAGCCUCUCUAGCUCUCUUGUGUCCCCGAUAUAUGGUUCUGUAAAGUUCAAUGGUUCUGCCCCCACCGACAGCUCCAACCCUUACGAGAAAAUAGCGCUCCAUCCUCGUGCCGGCAUGCCCGACACCCAGCUUGAUAACGAUGUCAUACCCCUUCUUCGAAAUCAGCAAACGCUCGAUGUCCUGAAAAUGGAGACCGACACCGUUCGGCGACUGUCCGAGCACAUGAAGAGCCGGGGUUCCUUAGGUGUGCUUGGCGGUCUAACAGUGCCCUCGACCCAACAGUCUCGAUUCGGAGCCAUCCCUAAGAAGCCAGAAUACGAGGAUGUAUUAGAGGAGUGCAAUGAAAUCAGAGCCGCUCACGAUGCCCGGGUAGACAGAGCUGUACGGGCUGUCACGAUGCUACGCGACAAGUUUGACUGGAAGCAGCGCGUCGAAGUAGAGGUAGAGGAACCAGAGGAAUUGGACUGGGAUCCACGAUUUCAAAGUGGUCCUGGUGGUGAUGGUAUGGGUCCCAUGGACGUGGAUAUGGAUGCCGAGUCAAGCGACGAAGACGAAGUUGAAAGCCAUUUGAAUGGCGGUGAGGGAGACGAAGAAACAGAGAUUCCUAUUCAGACAUCCGCCUAAUCCGUGAUAAAAUCUUCCUGCUUAUAUUGUAUUCGCUUUACCUGAUUGGAAUGUUACUUGGAUGCCGCGGAAUUACUGUUUGAUUAUCGAAAAUUUGUAGUCACAG